AUGUGGAACAAGUCUGGCGAGCGUAAACUUACACGCCUUCCCGGCAAGGACUCGACCAACAAGAAGCUUAGCUCCAACCUCGACAAGCAACCACGUUGGCUCCGCCCUAAAAACAUCAGUGAUGCUCAACUUCGCGUCAAUGGCCUUGCUCAUGCCCCUAUUCGCCGCUAUGGACCCAGAAGCCCCUUGGCUCGCGCCCAUGCGCCUUCAGUCUCCUCCAACGUUUCUUCGCACGACAGCGUUGACCAGGCCAUUGAAGCCGAGUCAAACAUGGUCGUGGUCAGCAAACGAACAACAGGGCUCGGCAUUUGGCCAGAGCCGUCGAGCCACACGCCAUCCCUGACCGCUGUAGCCAAAACAGAGGUGAACCUUUUUCAAGCUGAUCCCUCUGCCGUCUCUGGGCCACCAGACUUUGGCCUGUCUGCCGCUGCUCUUCUCCGACGAUCCACCGUUCUCUCCACCUCGACCGAGAUGUCAUCUCGCUCUCUUCGGGAGGCUCUACCGGAGCUGGGGCGCACCGCACUCCGCUUGGUCACUCGCGUCGCCAAGCAAUACACAAUGAUGCCUCAGAUCACCGUUAUUUCCGAAGGCGGUGACACUGCCGCACCACCUCACUCCGGCAAUUCCGACAUGUCUAGUAGUCCCUGGUUGGAGGAAGACGAAGGUAGCGAUCGACUACCGAUCGACUUCCGCCCACGCCCGGGUUCAUUUCUCCGCCUCGAUCAUCAGCUCCGACAACAAAUUGGCUGUCUACCCGGCGUCGACCAGCACGACUUCAGAUCAUGUUACUGUUACGCCAGGGACGAGUUGACCGCCGAGCACUGGGUCCACGAACACGGAGUCUCCGGUGAUGCUGAACAUGUCUUCCUGCAUGGCCUUGCUGCGACACCCAACAUCAAGGCACGCGAUCCUUUCGGCAACACGUAUCUUCACCUUCUCGCAGCCCGAGACGGCCCGCUUCGCCGCAUCACCGACGCCAUUGCCAUAGCGCCGGACUCGCCUGCGGCGUUGACCCACCACUAUGCACACGACGGCACGACUCCUCUCAUGGCCUUUGUUGCCCGUCUCCCCGAAGACGGUGAUCACAAGGGACCGGUCGUCAUACUCGAAAAGCUCAUCGACAAUGGCGCCCGGCUUGAGGCCCGCAAUCGCCAGGGCAAGACCGCUCUGCACGUCGCUGUACGAUGCGGACGCAAGCUCGCCGUGCGGACUCUGGUCAAGCGCGGAGCCAGCGUGCACGCACGCAACGCUGCAGGCCGAAGUGUUCUCGACGUGGCGGACAGCCGCAUGUUCUGGUCGCGCAACCAGGAGAAAGAAUAUUCACAUUACGAGGCAUGCCGGGCGUGGCUGUCUGGGGAGGAGGCGCGGGCCGUGCAGCAGCCGACAGUUGCGCAGGAGUGGGCAUGGCGGGAGCUGUAA